GCGAACACAACAAACCAAGAUGGCGGCGGCUCAGCUGAUAAGUCGGGGAAAGCGCCGAACCGCCGCCUAUCUCAAGGCUUUCCUCUCCUCAGACUCCGAGACAUCGCGUCUUCAGGGACACCAAGACUUGCACAACCUCCUGGAGCACAUCUUGAGCCCGGAGAGGGCCAUCGAUGACCCGGAGAACCUCGAAUGGCUGCAAUGGUUGGUGGCGGGGGGAGACACACCAGAGGACUUCGCCAAAAUUGUGAGAAGACAUGACAAUGCCACCACCUGUGGGUUGGUAUGGACGGCCAACUUUGUCGCGUACAGAUGUCGGACAUGUGGGAUCUCACCGUGCAUGUCGCUGUGUGCGGACUGUUUCCAGGCGGGGAAUCACGCCGGACACGACUUCAACAUGUUCCGUAGUCAGGCCGGAGGCGCGUGCGACUGCGGAGAUACCAGCGUUAUGAAGACUUCUGGGUUCUGUCACAGACACGGCCCUGGGAGAAACAUGAACGUUCCGCCCUGUCCGCACGACGUCCUGGCGGUGGCCGAGGCGAUCAUCCCGCGGAUCCUGCUCCGAGUUGUCCAGCACUUCCGCGACCACUGUAGACCCGGUACAGAUGGGUAUGAAGCAGACAUGGAUGCGGUACAUGAUGCAGACAGUGUCCUGAGUUACCUGCAUGACUUAACCAGGAUGGGAGCUGCCAUGAGGAAGGUCCUGACACACUUCCUAACCAACCCACAAACUUACAAGAACUUCACUUACGGGUCCACUCCCUCUGACCACAAAAGACAACAGUACCAGCAGAAGAGCCAAGAGAACUACCAGGGUGCCCUGGCCACCAUCCCCGCCCCUCCACCACCUUUCUCCAUGGAAGGGAUAGCAGCGCUGAAGGGAGAACUGGUGCAUCAGACGUUUCUAGAAGAGUUGAUGUUCUGGACUCUGAAGUAUGAGUUCCCACAGAAGAUGGUCACCCUACUACUCCAGAUGCUGCCAGAUAAUGACUAUAAGGACGCGUUCACGCGGACGUUCGUGCAGCACUACUCGCGGAUCUCGGUGGUUCUGGUGAAGGCGAGCGACGCGGACACCAUGUCCAACCGUGUGGUGCACAUCAGCGUGCAGCUGUUCAGUAACGAGGACCUGACACGACAGAUGGUGGAGACACACCAGCUGCUGGAGAUCGUGUUAGCCGCACUCGUGCACAUGAUGGAGAACAUACAGAUACAGAGUGCAUUACAUGAUCCUGAUCACAACUUCCACAUGGUGGUGAACUGCUCCUCCUCCACCCUGAAGGACCACCGCUAUUGGCCGCUUGUCAGUGACCUCAUCAACAUCCUGUCCCACCGCUCCACGGCCGCCAUGUUUAUGUCUAACUCCGCCCUCCUCAGCAUGUGGGCGGAGUUUGUGUCACUUUUUACUGGUAUGAACUUGAAUGUGCGGGAGUUGGAGCACCAUGUGGAGUUUGAGCCCAACACCUACUACGCCGCCUUUUCAGCAGAACUGGAAGCCUGUGCCUCCCCCAUGUGGACCCUCGUGGGACACUGCAAACAAAAGAACACUGACCACCUGUGCAGGGCAGUUAUAGACAGCUGCCUGACCACACUACAGGACUGGUUUGAUGCCAUCUGCUUUCAGGAAACGCCACCACCACUCCAGGUAUCCUUCCACUUCCCUCUACACAGACAUUUGGCAGUGUUUAUCAGCCAGGCUGUGAGGAACGGUGCCAUCAACAUUGACACCAUCCUGGGUGAUCCAGACUUCCUCAUCAAACUCAUGGCACAUCCACUGCAGAUACAGGUGGCCCUGUGUGAGAUCCACAGCGGCAUGUGGGUCCGUAACGGUCUGCAGAUCAAAGGUCAGGCCAUGACCUACGUGCAGUGUCACUUCUGCUGCUCCAUGAUCGACCUGGAUCUCUACCUGCUACAGCUGUGUGCUUCCAGACUGGACCCAGACUACUUUGUAAGAACUGUCCUGGAAAGAUUUUCCGUGGAUGAGUUCCUGUCAUUGGCCGUGGUGCCGUCGGCCCUUCCCAUGAACCCCGAGCAGGAGCUGUCGAUGCUGCAGGGGGCGCUGCUGCUGCUCUGUACGCUGCAGUCCGCCCGCACGCACCUCGGGCUGAACGAGCGUGACCUGCUGCGACAGGAGAUGGUCUCCCAGCUGUGUAUGAGUGACAGAACACACAGCCAGCUCAUGGACUUACAUCCCAAGAUGCCGGAGAGAACGACCGGCAGUAACCAGAUGAAAGACUUCGAGGCAACCUUAAAGGAGGUUGCAGACUUCAAGGCACCCAACUUUGAAGCAGGAGGAAUGCAGCAGGGCACAUACACACCUAAAGCCUCUGUAUGGGAGCAGGAAUUUGACCCCAUCUUCAUCCUGGUGAGAGCUGUUCACAGGAGGGACUUCCAAACUGCCAUGGACAGAUAUACUACACAUAUGAAGCAGGCUGGACUUGUGGAAGGCAGCGAGUCCCCCUGGCCUCCGUUCCGCCAACUGCAGAAGGUCCUGCACACCUACCAGGGGGUCAGGAAGAUCCUCAACAGCAAGACCCUUCAUGGGCUCAUCUUCUGCAUACUCUGGAAGGCAUUGACCCUGUCCCAGUCUCUGCCUGAGCCCAUUAUCUACCUGUGUAUCUACCUGUUGGACAUGGCAGUGGACCCAAUGUGCAACAAACCAUCUUCAACUGCGAAGGAUGACGUGGCAGACCGAGUUCCAGACAAGAGAUGGGAGCAGUGGUUUCCUUCCAGCAAUAUCCUCACUAACCUCAGACAUGAGAUACAGUACAUUACAGUACCCCUGCCUCAGCAAGAGUCUAUGGAAGACCUGGAAGACAUCCCCGAGGAAAACGAAGAAGACAUGGACACCGCGUCUCCCAGUCCCAGCCGUCUCGGCUUCACCCUGGCACCGACUGUCGUACGAGGCGGCAACGUUGUCGUGACAAGGUCACGCGAAGGUCAGACCAGGAAAAGUCCCGAUGCCAGUACGAGUAGUGAGUCUAGGGACCAGGGUUCAAGUAGUUGUGAAGACACAAGUGGUAGUGAGCCGAUGGACACGACAAGUUCGUCAAACGAGCUGAAAAUGGAGGUGAAACAAAGCAUACUGUCCAUGUUGGUUAAGCUGCACGACAAGCUGUCGAAGGACUCGGAGCACUACCAGCCGCCCGAGACUUGGGAGGACGCAGACCUGAAGUGGAGCAGGGGCGCGAGAAGGCACAAGGCGCGGGACGGAGCUCGUGUCAUCGGCAGACUACUGGACAGGAUCGCAUCAACGUGCCAGGAGAACCUGGACAAGCUGAAGCAGCUCUGUUGUAAGACGGCUCCGAAGAAACUCCAGAGAAGGGCUUCAGAUGGGGGUGACAGGGAAGAGAGGAGAAGAAAGGCCCGUGACAAACAGGCCAAGCUGCUGGCUGAGUUUGCCGCCAAGCAGAGAACCUUCCUGGAAUCCACCAGCAUGGAAGAAGAUGACUCUGGAGAGGGUGCAUCAGCUGAGUCCCCUGAGAAGGAAGUAGUAGAGGAGGAGCUGUACGACUGUGUGAUUUGUGGUCAGACUGACCCGUCCACUCCGGACAGGCCGAUAGGAAGGGUGGUCCUACUGCUGGCAUCCAGUGUGUUGGGACACAGGUCGUCCAAAGAUGACCCCCCACGGCUCCCCUGCAGUGAUGGGAUGACCUUGGACAUGUUAAACUGUGGAAACACCUACGACCUCAGACAGACAGUCAUGCAGGAUAACUUCCAAAUGAGUUCCUGCCUCCAGUCUGUGAGUGUGGGGUGGUUUGGAGGGGUUUAUGUACAGUCCUGUGGACACUUCCUCCAUUCUGACUGCCACAAGUCCUACAUACGGUCCCUAAGGUCCCCAGAUUACCAGCACACCACCCAGAACAUCGAUGUGGACAAGGGAGAGUUCACCUGCCCCCUCUGCAGACAGCUGGCCAACUCUGUGUUGCCAUGCCAACCACAUCAGCACCCGCUACAGAAGGUCGUCCUGGAGAAGAAGAGAUACGGGUCUCACAAGAAAACCACUCCUGCUAAAGAGCAGAUCAAAUCUGAACAGGAAACAGACACUGCAGCAAAGGAAAAUGAUGCUGCAGAAAGUGAGAACGGUGCCGCAGCCGCUCCGCAGCUGGAUAACGCAGAACCAGCGCAGGAAGCAAACCAGUCAGCCACUGCAGCAGCACAACAGCUAGAUGACCAGGAGAAGGCAGCUCUGGCACAGAAGGCUGCGGAGGAAAAAAAGCCGGAGGAAAAACAGAAGGCAGACCAAGCACAGGCUUCCACCUCCCAGGAGCCAAGUCAAGAAGACAAGUCUGAAGACAAAAAGGACGACGAUGCUACUAAAGAUGAAAAAGAUAAAGAGUCGGGCCGCGUGAGUCCAGAGUUUCCGCGCUCCAUCCCGACCCCGUGGCGGCAGCAGGCUCACGUCAUGAAGGAGAACCAGACGCUCGACCCCAAACCCGAGUUCCAACGCAUGAUCAAAGACCUGGGGGAGGUCCUGAAGAAAGCUACCAAUGCUGAUUGUGAGGAAGAUACCAUUUUAAGGCAGGGGGUAGAGGCCAUCAUGGAGGAUAUCACCAAGGCAACCUACCCCAAGUACAAGGUGUUCCCCAAGAGCUCUGUGGAUGAAAGCCUCAACGUCUUUGUCCACUCUGUGGCUAGGACCAACCUGGAGUUGGAGCUGGUACAGUGUGGAAACACCAUCGUCAAUCACUCAAACUCCGGCAGAAAAUUUGGCUUUGUUGACCUCCUGCAUGUCCUGAGAUUCCAUUUCAACGCCACUGGGAUGGACAGUCUGUGGACCAAGCUGACCACUCUGUACUCGGAUGAGGAGGAGAGAAGAUCGUGUAAUACAGUCCGCUUGCAUCCCGAAUUGCUCAUGCUGGUGGAGAAGAGAGAAACUCCCAUGGUGCUUCGGGACGCCACCUCCCUGCUCAUCCAGCUGACCUUGUCCCUCCCAUGGCCCAUCAGUAAAGCCCACUUUACGUGCAUUGUGCGGGUGUUGUUCACGUUGUUGUACACACAAUCACUGGUGGACAUCAGCUGUCGCUUCAGUGAGGAGGAGAGAAGAGCAUGGAGGGAGGCCGGCACAGAUAAAGCUGCGAGUACAGAGUGCAUGAUGACAGAGAGCAUGCUCAGCUGCCUGAUAUCACACCUCGUGCACACCCCGCUCUACCAUGACACCGACACUGACCUGCAGCGCGUGGAUAUCUCCCAGAGUGUGUGGUCCCCUCACAGUGUGGAGCAUCACAUCCAGAAGUACUGUAUCCACAGUCUGAGGAUAUCGGCCUUGUUACGCAGACAUCUCUUCAAGGAAGACCUGCCAGACUGCCAGGACCCAGAACUAGAGUUCCAGACACUAGUGAAGUACCUGGACUUGCAGCAUGCCCCCCCUCCCACCCGGGGCGAUGCCUCUGCCGUACGGGAACGACCGUUCACUAGCGCCUCCUGUCUGCACUGGGCCGUCCCUGCAACCCAGAUGAUCUCACACUGGUGCCAAGACUUCACCAGCUUUGUCAACAGAAAACAGGGCCCUGCUAAGCUGCAGCCUAGAGGUGGUUAUAAGUCCCUGCUACUGAAGAACUUUGCGUGGAAGCUGCCUUGCCUCCUGCGCCCGCCGAGUUCGUACGACAGCAUAUUCCAGUACCAUCGUCAGCGGCAGUGUACCAUGUGCUGCAGCGUGCCCAAGGAGCCGGCACUGUGCAUGGUGUGCGGGGAGCUGCUGUGUAUGAAGGGAGGCUGCUGUCGACAACAGAGCGUCAUGGAAUGUGUGCAGCAUUCGGUCAGCUGUGGUGCAGGGACGGGGGUGUUCCUGGUAGUGAACUCUUCCACCAUCAUCGUGGUGAGAGGGCCGCGGGCGUGUCUGUGGGGGUCGCUGUACCUGGACAGUCACGGGGAGGAGGACAGGGACCUCAGGCGAGGUCGACCUUUGUACCUGAGCGAGGACAGGUUUCGAGUCCUGACUCAACAGUGGAUCAGUCACAGUUUUGACCACAUGUGCAAACGCUGGCUGUGGCACCACAACAGACUGUAAAGGGGGAGGGGGGCACUACUGUCACUACCACAGAUUAUACAACACAGGAAAUAUCAAUAGCAAAAUGUACUUAAAGUACUGUAUUAUGUAAAUUUGUACUUCUUCAUAAACUAAAACUAGCUACUGAUAAAGUUAUAUACUUCGAACUAAAGUACAUUUAUAUAACUGUUCAGUUUUGACAUAUACCUGUCUUGUUAUAUACAUGUCUUGUAUACCUUGAUAUGAUAUUAUACUGUAGUAUCACAAGUUGUGGAAAGGGGCAUUGCAACGUUUGUCAUAGACGAUUCAAUUUCAAGCCAUAGGUAAGAACUGUGCCACUGUGCACUGUAGGUCCAGUACAGGGGAUAAGCAUUAAGAUUUUGCAUAGAUUUACUUUUAUUUAUACUUUUGUCAUAUAGUUGUCUGUGAUGAGAGUACAAAAUGUAUACCUUAAAGUUAUAAAACUAACUGAAGUAAAAAAGCACCAUAAUUGUAAAUAAAAGAGAGCAGUGAAACUAAGGGUUGAAACUGAAAGACUAGAAGAAUGUGGUUGUUCUGCUUAAGUUUGUACCAUCAUAAAUCUGGGUGAUCUUUUUUAUGAUUGUAGAUCUCAUUGUAGAACGACUGUUACAGCAAAACUAUAAACCUCAGAUAUGUAGAGGGAUUUGAAGAUCUUUGAGAGAAAUCAGCACAGUAGUUUUACUUAGUAGUUUUUCCUACAGUGGUAGUAGAAAAAGUUAAUAUAUGCAUAUUUUAGUUUCUCUGACAUCACAGAAAAAAGAAUACUUGCCAGAUCUAGAGCAGAAUAUCAAACCUGAAUUAUAGCUUAGUUGAAAUGAUGUGUACAAAGCAAAUUGCUAUAAUCCUUUUAAUACAUCUUUCUUAUAUCUGAUGUAAUGUAAUGUGCUAACUUGUAAAGGUUGUAUGUGUAAACCAUGCAAAUGGUUUAUAUAAUACUGUGGCCAGGGUUUCCAAAAUGUGAUUUCCAGUUUUCUGUGACGAUGUUCUUUUAUAAUGACAUACCUAUAGGGGCUUCCAGCAUUAGGUAACCAACUUGAGGCAAUGUAAAACACUGCGAAAUGUUUUUUUUCACGUUUCAAUAUCAGUAAAGGUUUAGAGAAAGACAAGGAGUACUUCAAAGUGGUUUGUAUGCAUUUUUAUUUCUGUUUUUAUGAAUUAAGACACAGUUGUGAGAAGAAGAUGUGUCUGACAGGAAUGAGGAAUAAUCUUAAUAUUGUACACUGAGCUUAAGGUCUAAAACAGCAGCAAUUAUUGAAUUAGCAUAUACUUUUCUUUAAAUGUGGAUUGUUCAGUUAAAAAUGCAGCCGUUUGGCACACAAUUCAACACUUACUCUUGGUAUCUCCAUGUUAUGCUGCUGCUAUAAGGAAGAAGUGAACGGUGUUUGUACAUGUGAAUGUUAUUAUUGUAAAUAAAAUCUCUUGUGAACAG